AGAUAAGACGGCUCUCGGAAGGCGGAGAGAACGACACUGGCUACCACCGGAGACCCAAAGCCCUAGAAGCUAGUCUAACAGCAGCGGCGCGAAACGAUAGAGAAAGGGCCACUCCCGAAGCCCCCCUCCCGCCCUGUUCCCCCUGACCCGGAAGUAAUUUUCCCCUCUUCUCUCCGCCCCCUCCCUCCCUACGGUUGAGAAGGGAGGAAAAGGACGGCCGGGUCUGGCCCGGCAUGCCUUAGGCUUCCGGUGACCUCUGGCCCUUUUCUGUCGUCCGCUCUCGCUGCCUAGCGUGCUCCCUCGCCCACUGCCUCCUUACCUCCCUCCGGUCUUCCUUCGCACGCUACCUGGUGACUGAGGCGCCCGCGACCAGUAGGGAGGCUGUGGCGGAGGACGCUUGUCAUGGCCGCCUCUAAGCCUGUGGAGGCGGCGGUGGUCGCGGCGGCUGCGCCCAGCUCCGGGAGUGGGAUGGGCGGCGGCGGCGCGACUGCGGGCCCCGGCACUGGGGGCCUACCGCGAUGGCAGCUGGCGCUGGCGGUCGGGGCGCCCCUGCUGCUAGGCGCAGGUGCCAUGUACCUGUGGAGCCGGCAGAGGCGGCGCCGGGAGGCUGGGGGCCGAGGCGACGCCGGCGGUUUAAAGCGCAACAGCGAACGGAAGACCCCAGAGGGCAGGGCCAGCCCGGCCCCGGGCAGCGGACAUCCCGAUGGCCCCGGUGCUCACCUGGAAAUGAACUCUCUUGAUAGAGCCCAAGCAGCCAAGAACAAAGGCAACAAAUACUUUAAAGCAGGAAAAUAUGAACAAGCUAUUCAGUGCUAUACUGAGGCGAUCAGUUUGUGCCCUAUAGAGAAGAAUGCUGACCUUUCCACAUUUUAUCAAAACAGAGCUGCUGCCUUUGAACAGUUGCAAAAAUGGAAAGAGGUGGCACAAGAUUGUACAAAGGCUGUUGAACUUAAUCCCAAAUAUGUGAAAGCUCUCUUUAGACGUGCAAAAGCCCACGAGAAGCUAGACAAUAAGAAGGAAUGUUUAGAAGAUGUCACUGCUGUGUGUAUACUAGAAGGGUUCCAAAAUCAACAAAGCAUGCUGUUAGCUGAUAAGGUUCUUAAACUUCUUGGAAAAGAGAAAGCCAAAGAAAAAUACAAGAAUCGUGAACCUCUGAUGCCAUCUCCACAGUUUAUCAAAUCUUACUUCAGCUCUUUCACGGAUGAUAUAAUUUCUCAGCCCAUGCUUAAAGGAGAGAAGUCUGAUGAAGAUAAAGACAAAGAAGGAGAGGCUUCAGAAGUUAAAGAAAAUUCUGGAUAUUUAAGGGCCAAACAGUAUAUGGAAGAAGAAAACUAUGAUAAAAUAAUAAGUGAAUGCUCAAAAGAAAUAGAUGCUCAAGGCAAAUACAUGGCAGAAGCAUUAUUACUACGAGCCACCUUUUACCUGCUUAUUGGCAAUGCCACUGCGGCCAAACCAGAUUUAGAUAAGGUCAUCAGUUUGAAAGAAGCUAAUGUGAAGCUUCGAGCAAAUGCUCUCAUCAAAAGAGGCAGUAUGUACAUGCAGCAGCAGCAGCCUCUGCUGUCUACUCAGGAUUUUAACAUGGCUGCCGACAUUGACCCUCAGAAUGCAGAUGUUUAUCACCACCGAGGACAGCUGAAAAUACUGCUUGAUCAAGUUGAAGAAGCAGUGGCAGAUUUUGAUGAAUGUAUUAGAUUAAGACCUGAGUCAGCUCUGGCACAAGCUCAGAAAUGUUUUGCAUUGUAUCGCCAGGCAUAUACAGGAAACAAUUCUUCACAAAUCCAAGCGGCUAUGAAAGGUUUUGAAGAGGUCAUAAAGAAAUUUCCAAGGUGUGCUGAAGGCUAUGCACUAUAUGCUCAGGCAUUAACAGAUCAACAACAGUUUGGUAAAGCUGAUGAUAUGUAUGAUAAAUGUAUUGAUUUGGAACCAGAUAAUGCCACAACAUAUGUUCAUAAAGGUUUACUUCAGCUUCAGUGGAAGCAAGAUCUGGAUAGAGGUUUGGAGCUCAUCAGCAAGGCUAUUGAAAUUGACAAUAAAUGUGAUUUUGCAUAUGAAACCAUGGGAACUAUUGAAGUGCAAAGAGGAAACAUGGAGAAAGCCAUUGACAUGUUCAACAAAGCUAUUAACCUGGCCAAAUCGGAAAUGGAGAUGGCUCAUCUGUACUCACUCUGUGAUGCUGCCCAUGCCCAGACAGAAGUUGCAAAGAAAUAUGGAUUAAAACCACCAACGUUAUAAAAUGGGGGGGGGGCAAGGAGGAGAAUGACCCUCUUUUUAGAAGUUUACUCCCUUUUCAACUGAACCCUAAAGACACUGUCAUGAACUGUGUUGAAUGGUGGAACUUAGUAUUUGUGCUGUUGUCAUUCGUUACAUGUUUCAUGUUUAGGUGUUGUGGGAGUGGCUGUUGAAGGAAGUUUGCAGUGUUGCAGCUUUUAUUCCCUGUGCAACAAAAGCUUAGAACCUGUUAAAGGGAUAUUAAAGUUGCAAAGAGUACAGAUGAUAAUUGGCCAUGCAAAUAAAAACUUUGAUUUGUUGAUUUGACUUUUUUUUUUGGAGGUUGGUGGGUUAUGUUCUGGAUGAUUGUGUGAUUGUGUGUGUGUGUGUGUGUGUGUGUGUAAUGUAUUUUACAGCAUGUGGGUUUUUAAAUUAACAUAGUAAGUGCUGUAAAAUAGGUUUCUUUUGGAUUCAGUUAAUCCCUUUUAGUUUUGGGUUUUUUUUUUUUUAAGAAAACAAAACUUAAAUGGGGAUUUUGUUUUAAAGGCAGCAAAACAGACCCUUUAAACCACUGUCAGCAUGCACAAUGCCUCUGAUUCUUCAGAAGGUUAGAUUCAGUGGGAACUUAAGCUUUUUGACCCCAUUCAACUCCAGUGGAUAAUGUACAUUGUUCUUAAAAGUCCACAGCAGCUGGCUUUCAUACAGUAAAUCACACCGAAGCAAAAUACUCUGGUAUAUAUGCUGGAAGACUGAAAAUUAAUAGGAGAGUAACCAGGCAAGAG